UCAUUUCACUAUAUCCAUUCCCUUAUCCUCUCAUUUUCUUCAUCUUCUCUUCAUUCUCACUUUCACUUCACUUCAAUUCAAUUCUCUAACAACAAUGGCAUUAUCAACAACCGCUUUCACAACUAUCUCAACCCUCACACUUUCUCACCACACCCCCCUCUCAAAAAAACCAAUCUCCACCCUCAAUUUCCCCUCCAAACCCCUCUCCAUCUCCCACCACCACCACCAUACCCGUCUCCGUCCCAUCUCCGCCGUGGCCACUGAAAUAGAAAAACUCGGCAACGACAUCUCCGACCUCACUCUCUCCCAAGCCAAAGACCUCGUCGACUACCUCCAAGAAAAACUCGGCGUAACCGCCGCUUCCUUCGCUCCCGCCGCCGCCGCCGUUGCUGCACCCGCCGCUGAAGCUGCCGUCGUCGAAGAAAAGACCGAAUUCGAUGUUGUCAUCGAAGAAGUUCCCAGUAACGCGAGAAUUGCAGCGAUUAAAGCGGUUAGAGCUUUAACGAGUUUGGGAUUGAAAGAAGCGAAGGAAUUGAUUGAAGGUUUGCCGAAGAAAUUUAAAGAAGGUGUGAGUAAAGAUGAAGCUGAUGAUGCUAAGAAACAACUUGAAGCAGCAGGUGCUAAAGUUACCAUUGCUUAAUUUAGGGUUUCGUUUUUCCCCCAAUUUUAAUUUAAUUUUGUAAUUUCAUAGCAAUGUUGUUUCAAUUUCAUGUUGUUAUUGUUAUUAUGUUGUUGUAGUGAAGAAAAUUGAGUUAUUUAGUUAUGGUUUUGUUACUAUGAAUCUAAAUUAAAUAAACAAAUAAUUUGAAUGCUGUAUUAA